AUGGCAGGAAUUAUUUUUGAUGACAUGUUCAAGGUGAAAAGUGUAGAUCCAGACGGAAAGAAAUUUGACAGAGUGUCCCGAUACUUCUGUGACGCUGAAUCAUUCAAAAUGGAGCUAAUCAUCGAUAUCAACUCACAAAUUUAUCCACUGAAGCAAAACGAUAAAUUCCGUCUUGUUCUCGCCACAACGCUACGCGAAGACGGUCUUGCUGACGAAGGAGAGUACGAUCCGAAGGCAGAGUACCCACGCAUCAAGCAGUACGAGUAUGUGAUGUAUGGAAAAGUGUACCGUUUGGAAGAUGACGACACUGGAACUGAUGGCGGAAAACUCGCAGCGUAUGCUUCUUUUGGAGGUCUUCUCAUGCGACUCAAGGGAGAGGCAAUUAAUUUGCACGGAUUCGAAGUUGACAUGAACCUCUAUUUGCUCAUGAAAAAGACUGAUUUCUGA